UAUAUAAUUUAAAAACGUACCUUUAUUGUUCCCACGCAGCCUUCCUGAAAAUACCGAACAGAGUCGGCGUCGGCGUCGGCGAGAAGCCAUUGUUGCCCGUCCAUACCUUUCGUUUUGCUUUUUCAUUUUAGAUCUGAUCGACCGUCCAAGUCAUGGGAUCGGUGCUGGCAUUUACAGAUGAUGCGGUUCUACCUGCCAGUCUUGUUUUUGAUGCAUUAAGGGAGCUUGGGAAUGGAGCUUCAGAUAAGUGUGAACCUCAAAUUAUCACUCAAGUGUCUUCCUUGGGUCAGCUGCCACAGGGGACUUCCUCUAUCAACAUAGUGUUUGCCCUUUGCAGAUCAAUUGAAAUCCUGAGUGAGCAGUUGUUGAAGGAGACCUCAAGAGUCUUGAAACCUGGUGGAACAAUCCUAGUUUACAAGACUUCUGAAACAGAUAAGACCACCUCUGUUCUUGAGCGCAAGUUACUUUUGUCUGGUUUCCUAGAAGCACAAGCUCUUCAAACAAAAUCAUCUGAGUUGUGCUCUGGAGUCAAGGCCAAAUUGCCUUCUUGGAAAAUUGGCUCAUCCUUUGCCUUAAAAAAGCCUUCAAAAACUCUACCAAAGUUGCAGAUCGAUGAUGAUUCAGAUCUGAUUGAUGAGGAUAGUCUAUUAACGGAAGAGGACUUGAAGAAACCCCAGCCGGUCGUAGCUGAUGAUUGUGAAGUUGGAAGCACAAGGAAAGCUUGUAAAAAUUGCACUUGUGGGAGGGCUGAAGCGGAGCAAAAAGUAGAGAAGUUACAAUCCACUGUGGAUUUGAGCAGUUUCCAGUCAGCAUGUGGCAGUUGUGGACUAGGGGAUGCUUUCCGAUGCGCUACAUGUCCUUAUAAAGGUCUUCCUCCAUUCAAACCGGGCGAGAAGGUAGCAUUCUCUUCAAACUUCCUUGCAGCAGACAUAUAAAGCUAUUGGCGAGGCAGCGGUGCAUGGUUGCAUGGGGAUCUUGGAUGUUGGAAUACGCGGUGAUGGUUGCUCCACAUUUUACCUCCAGACAUUUGAACUUUUGGGUUGUACUCUGAAUUGAUACAUAACCUGGUUCCAAGUUUGCUGUUAACUUUCAAAACCUUUCUGGGUUGUAGUUCAAGGUUCGACAGUAUUUUGCUGUACUUGUAUGGGUCAUUGGUAACAAUGUCAUACUGUUAAGAAUAAAAUCGUAGCUUAGAUUUAACGGUUCUCAGAUUGUGUUAAUUUGUUUUCAGCGAAAUUGUAAUUGCCAUAUUUCAAUGAUAUUCAGAAAGCAUUAUACAAAAA